GCUAACUAGAUGUGCAUUCUUAACCAUUGGAUCUAAAUAAUCUCUCCGCGAGCGCACAUAUAUUCCUCAAACCAACCUUAUCGCACUUUGCUUUCUAUCCUCUCUCCCUCUCAGUCAUGGCUACCGCAUCAUCACUCCUUCUAGCAUCACCUUCUCCACUCUCCAUUCAAUUUCAAUCUUCAUGCUCUCACCUUUCAUUCUCUCGCUCCCAAAUUCUUCACUCACCGCUCAUCACUUCUUCAUUGCCGUUGCUCUCAGCUUCUUCAAUCUCCUCUCUUUCACCAACCACUCUUUCUGUGUAUUGUGGUAGAGGCGAUAGGAAAACUGCAAAGGGAAAACGCUUCAGCCAUUCGUUUGGAAAUGCAAGACCAAGGAACAAGAACAAGGGUAGAGGACCACCUAGAAUUUAUACUCCACCUGAUCCAACCAAAAAAGAGAAGCUUGAAGAUAAGGAAGUGUUGAAGAUUGACAUUCAGGAAUGAAUCUCUCUUUUUUCUGGUUGAAUCUUGUGUUGCAUUGUAACUUUUGAGUCUUUCAUGAUUUGUAGCUUUUGAUAUAUGGAUUUCAUUUGGCAUAUACUCUUUAGAUUUUGCUUGUUAUCUUUAAUUGAGUGUCAUUUGUUAUCUUUCUAAGUUUUAAUCACUAUAAUUUACACUUUUGCUUUAGCAUUUUGAGGGUGGGAUUGGAACCACUCUUAUGGUGUUAGUAACUUGUAUGCAUAAUACUUUUAUGGUGUUGUUUGAUUCUUGUUGUCAA